UGCUAUAAGCUGCUAUGCCAUUGUUCAUGGCAUAGCAGCUUAUAGCAUGUGAAUGCAUUAGCUGUACCUCACUUGUCCAGACCAGAAUGUGUUCUUACUUUGGUGGCUCAUAAUUAAAACAAAUCUUCUUACAGAAAAUAUUCUUCAUUUUCUCCUCUCUUGGAUUUUGAAUUCCAAAGCUUGUAACUUUUCCCGAACAGCUCCAAGCCCGCUGCCGUUACAUCCUCGUUAUUGUGCACGCACGGCUACAGCGCAGCUACAAAAUUGCUCCGCCCUUUUUUCCUUUCUUCCAAUUUCACAUCGAGGACGAGACUGCGGAUUGUGGAUUGCGUUCAGUUUACGUUUCUCCGAGCGAAUUUUCUCUCUUCCUUUGUUCCAUAUUUGCAUCGAGGACGAGACUGCGGAUUGUGGAUUGCGUUCAGUUUACGUUUCUCCGAGCGGAUUUUCUCUCUUCUUUUUUUCCAUUAUCACAUCGAGGACAAUACUGCGUACGUGAUUGUGUAUCACGUUGAGUUUACGUUUCUCGGAGCGGAUGCUUGAGGAGCGAACGCUAGACGGCGGCGAAUGUUUUGCAUGGGGCGAGUGGAGAAGUACGAUUCGAACUGUGAUAGCCAGGAGACUUUACUGCUGUGCUCUGAUUUAAGAAAGCAACAAGCUUGUUGCUGGGUAUUCGGAUCCAACUUGGGGAUCAAAAAGUGUCAAGUGUUUGACCCAGCUAUUGAUUCCAUGAAAGCUUACGACACGAUAAUUGCGGUUUCAAGGUUGCAGACUUCAGCGAGACGCUUCUGUGUAGAAGAAUAGCCUCACAAUGCCUAGUCUCUCUUUUGGAGCUGGCUCGUUUAUUGACUCGAAAUAUUAGCUCAAUAUUUCGAAGACAAGGGUGUGCAAUUUUUUAGGUUUGUCGAAAAAAUAGAAAUAGAAUACAACCUAGAAUACCAGA